ACAAAAUCUGGAUGCUAUACGUGGAGGUUUCCAAGAGACUCAGUUAUGCAAAGUGUACCUGACAAUUCCCUGUACACAGUUUUUUCCCUCCAUCCCUGUGUAUUAUCUUGAUAUGAAAAUUGACAGUGUCAGAUACAAGUGUAAUAAUAAUAAUUUACCUUUUGUGUAGCACCUUUCAUCUCAGGAUCUCAAAGCAUUUUACAAAUGUUAACUAUGCCUGAAACACCCUUGUGAGACAGGUAUUGCUAUUAAACCUAUCUUACAGAUGGAGAAACCUGAGGGACAGAAUGAUGAAGAUCACACCGUGAGUGAGCAGAGCCAAAUGUAGAUCCCAGGAGUCCCAACUCAGUCCUUAUGCUCUAACUAUUAGGCCUUGCACCUUCCUCCCAGAAAGGGAACCCAAUAGAUGUGCUUGAAUCUAUUUGGGCUUUGAUAUAUGUUCAAAGUAGCUAGGGCAAAGGCACAUCUUAGAGUGGUAAAUAUUGUUAAGAGCUUCCAAAGUUUUUCUGGCUCUCUGAUUUUUGGGAUUCUUUUUCAGGGGAAUUCAGGCUAGAGAAGGAAGUCCUUAUAUGGAAUUUCCCGUUGUUGUCUCUUGAGUGAUGUCUUGCUUCAGAAAGUGGUGUGUGCGCAAUUUCCUUAAAGACGACCACAAAGCAUACUGUAUAAUUACUUGCAGGAACAGCAAAGACAGCUCCAGUAAUUCACAGACUUUAGUAUAAACGUACCUGGCUUGAAAAGGUGUGAGGUAUUUGCUACAGGCAGGAGGAAGGCUGCAAAAAAUGUAUUUUCAGUGGCCUAGGAAUGUUUGAAAGGUGCAUGUGGUGGAGACCCUUAGGAAAGUUUCCUACAAUGGUUUGGGUUCCCAAGUUAUUGUAAAAGCUGAAGCAGAAGAGAUUCUUGUACAAGGCUGAUACACUCAAAAGGGAAUUACACUUUAAAAGAGCUGGUGGAAAACUGCAAAACAGUGGUCACAAACAAUCAUUUGAAUACAGAACAGCUCUUCAUCUUGGUGCCUCUUGUUGCUUGCUAUUUACAAAUGCACAAUUUCUUGGCAAAUGGCUACCCUAUGUAAGAAGAGGGAACAAGAUUAGCUGGUAUUCACUCAUUAUUUGUCUCGCUUUUAUUCAAAGAGUUUCAGCCAUGCAGAAAUAAUAGUUGGUGAUGUCCCAUCAUACCUAUGAAAAGUAAUUAGCAAAUAAUUGAAGUCAACAGUUUGUGACUGAUUCUGCAAACAUUUACACAGGUGCUUAACUUUAUGUCGGUGGGGAGUCCCAUUUUGUUGAGUCUCCUCGUGGAAACAAUUGUAAGUGUUUGUGGGAUGGGUCUAUAAUGCAUCUUAUUCUUAAUUAACACUUUAACUAGCUCUAGUCCUGAGCGAGAGUAAAGGAACAACAGAAAAGUCUCCCAGUAUCGAACUCUCCCACUUUGUUUAGGCUUCAGAGCUGGCCAGAAUAUUGUGGGUAAUAAUUGGCAGAUAUGGUCAGUGGCUAAGUGAGAAAAAUAUACAGGUGCUCAGGAAGUGGGAAACUUACAACCAUUUAUUCUGCAUUUCAGUUAACACAAACCCACUGCCUCUGAGGCCUGUCUACGCUUGGAGCGAGGGGAGUGAUUCCCAGCGGGAGCAGACCGAUUCGUGCUAGCUCUCUUUGCACUAGUGCACUAAAAGCAGCAGUGUAGCUGCAGUGGCCCGGGGAGUAGUGCGCAGCAGCACGGGAUAGCCACCCGCAGGGGGUCUGGGAGGGUUUGUACCUCGGGCAGCUAGCCUGUGCUGCUGCUCACCGCUGCCGCCCUACCCCAGCUGCACUGCUAUUUUUAGCACUCUAGCUUGAUGAGAGCUAGUGCCAGUAUGUCUGUGCGGGCUGGGACUCACACCCCUAGCUCUGAAUGGAAACAUAGCCACAAUCAGCUGAUCUAAAGCCCAGUGAAAUCAAUGGGAGUCUCUCUCUAUUGUUGAAACACCUUAAGGAGACGUUUAAAACAAACACACACUUGUAUCCAAUUCUAUAAAUCAACCCAUAAAUAAAAUAUUAAAUAUAAAACUAGGCUUUGAGUAGUUUUCUGAUAGCCUAUGUCUCAUUCUGCUCACUUUAUUCACAGGAAUGAUCCCUCAAACUCAGCAGUAGGCUGCUCAUAUUAAAACGGCAGGCAAGAUUUCUUCCACUCUAUUGUUUUAUGCAGGACAACAUUGCAAUCCGCGGUUAUCAUGCAAGGUAACAAUGUGACAAAGCAAGAUGUAACAUAAAACAAAAAUCCAUCAGGUAGAAUACCAGCUACCCUGUCUGAGUUUGGGCGCAUUUAUUAAAUGGUCAAGUGUUUGAUAACAGAGGAGUGGAAUGGAAUUAUUUUUUUGCACAUCUUUUGAACAGAUUAAAUUUACAACAGACUCCCAUGUGUGCGGUGGGAUUACACAACAUUAUAGUGAGAGGAUGCAAUAACUAUAUUACAAGGAUCUAGGACCUCAUCCUGCAAAGACCUGUGCACCAUGCAAGAUGAAUAGUUUCACUGAAGUCAACAGGACUACUCACAGUGGAUGAAGUUAAGCAUGUGCAUAUCUCUUCUCAGGACUGGGAUCACAGAAGGCAGCUUGGAGAAAAACUACACCAGACAUUCUAUAUAAGCAAAUUCUUAAAAAGAAAAAGGACUAAAAUAAGAAUUAAAAAGUCUCAAAAGCUUUGUUUCAUUGUGGUUGAGCUAUGUCAUAUCUAAAAUCCCAAAUGGCCUGUAGGACAAAGUUUUCUCUCAUGUUUAAUACACUCUAGUUUAUAUAUUUAAAGAUAGAUUCACUUGUGAACUCAUCCCAGAAGUCUACUGUUUUCCCAGACAGAUAAUGAUCAGUUUUGCAUUAUCCUUUGGACUAGACUCCCUCUUUGCCCCUGGUGGGGAGGAGAUGUCAGAAAGGUAAUUUUGUAAACCAACCCCAGCCUUUUCUCCUCCUUCCUUACAUGACAAAUAUUUUUCUAAAAGAAUUACAGCUUUGCCUCAGCUGAAAGAACAGCUGAGCUACACAUCUAAUACAGGACUUCGUCCUAAAUGAAAUUUGCAGCCCAGGUUUAAAUUCAGCUGGAGCUGUGUGGAGUGGAGUGCCAGACAGUAUUUUCAAACCCACGGGGCAGAGGCCUGGGGCUCCAUGAAAUACUCUGUGAGAAUUUAAGCCCUGCUUGUACCAAACAUUUUUCUAAGAUCCUAUAAUCUUGUGGGGGGGUUUUCAAGCUUUCAAAAAGGUUGUGGUAUUGUUUCCUUCCCAGUUACACACAGCAGUCAUAAAUUUAAACAAAAUGAAAACUUAAUUAUAAUAAUAUACAAACCAAAAAGGAUAUAGAUUUCUGUUUAUGACAGAGUAUUCAUGUGUCCCAUAUAGACUUUCCCUCUCCUCCACUAGACAACCAAAUUUCUAUCUUUACGAGCAACUCUAAUCUAAUAGGCAUUGAUCUCACUUAAUUUUGCCCAUGUCUUUUCCAUUUCUUACUGUCCUUUUACAGUUUAAAUAGUUGGACUUUGCUUCUGUCUCACUCUACUUUUCUGAGCUUUACAAACCAGAGUGGUGUGAAAUCUUCAUGAGAAAACUUAAACCCAGGAAAAACUCACUUGGCUUUAUUUCAAACUUGAAACUCAGACUAGGUUAAUCAAAAUAGUAACUAAGUUGCAUGUACCUCCAUGGUGAAGUCUAGGCCCAGUUUUGAGCCAGUACAGGACUAUUUACAAAUUUGCAUUGAAAUAAUGCCAGGCUGAUGUUGUAAUUGUCCCCCAGUGUCGACAGGAAUGUUCCAAUCAUGUUAAGAAAAAGGCCGAUAAUGCGAAAAUAUUCGUCUGGAAGAAGUGAAACAGUAACAAGAGAAAAGCAAGGAGGCUGUUUGUCUUAGAUGCUUUGCUUAUGCUCUACAGUACAAUUUCCAGCACAAGCAUUGUGUGGUCCAGUAAUUGUACACAUACUACCCCAAGUCAGCUGAGUCCCUAGACUGGUCAACAAACACAUGUUUUAUACCUGAGGUUCAGCCACAUUGCUUUUUUUAAUUAAGCUUCUCCAGAGAAUACUGUAGUUUAUGGCUUCAUGAAAUAAAUUACACAGCUCUCAUAAACAUAAAGCAUAAAACAAAAAUCCAUCAGGUAGAAUACCAACUACCCUGUCUGAGUUUGGGCACAUUUAUUAAAUGGUCAAGUGUUUGAUAACAGAGGAGUGGAAUGGAAUUAUUUUUUUGCACAUCUUUUGAACAGAUUAAAUUUACAACAGACAUGUAUAGUCCCAUGUGUGCAAUGGGACUAUACAACAUUAUAGUGAGAGGAUGCAAUAACUAUGUUACAAGGAUCUAGGACCUCAUCCUGCAAAGACCUGUGCACCAUGCAAGAUGAAUAGUUUCAUUGAAGUCAACAGGUAGGUAAUCCUUUCUCCAGUGAACAUUCCCAUUAACUUGCAUAGGGGUACUUGCAUGAAUAAAGACUACACAGAUUUAUUCAGGAAAGAACGCUGUAUUUUUGUAUUAUUUCAGAGAUUAGAGGCUAUGCAUCCACAGCCCAUGCUGGUUUUAGGAUUGGAUACUGCACCAGAAAUCAAACCCAAGGUCUCCUGCCCAUCACUGCAGAGUUUUGCAAAUAGGUGGCUGAAAUGAUUGUGAUUGAGAAAGUGAAAGAGACAGCAGCCAGAUCAUCAGCUGAUGUAAAUCAGUGUUGUCCAUUGUCACCAGCAGAGCGUUGCUGAUUGAGGACCUGGUCCACAAAAUGUGUAGUUUGUUUGUUUGCAUCUACUUAUAAAACUUGUAAAAUAAAGUGAUUAGUGUGGUAUUGGCUUUAAGAGCAUUCACAUAUUUGCACUAAGGACCAGAGAUACUUUAUACAAUAAUAUGAUGUACACGUCUUAAGCGUGUAUACAUCCUCUGAUUGUAUACUAAUUUUAUAGCAUUUACAUUUGAUACAUGUGUUAAGAUUUCUGAUUCAUUUAUAAUCUGUUUCUUCCCAGUCCAUUUAUAUUGUUCCAGACUGAGAACACUAAAGAAGAUGAAGAAUAUCAUUAUACUUCUUUGCAGUCUUUGCAGGCUAAUGCAGUAGCCUGGGCUACUCCAUUAAGUCUCCUAAAACCUUCCUUAGUGGGGACUACAUAAUCAAUCCCUUACCCAUACUGGUGAGCAAUUACUCCCAUGAAUAGUCCCACUGAAGCCACAGGGGACCGUCUGAGUAAGUAACUGGUUGCUAUUGUAGGUAAGGGUUCCAUAUCUGGCCCCAAAAGUUGGAAAAUCAAACAAACUUCCUCUUUACCUCUUAUUGAUCACUUUUAUUUUUAUUCCCUUUGAUUCACAUAAGAAGUCUUCUUUUUAAAAGAUACAUCGAGGUGAAAAGGAGAAUGACAGCAUUGCUGGAGAACACCAAGCGAGCUAUGCGAUUCCCCCCGCCUUCCCCAUAAGCUUCAAUUCUCCUACCUUCCUCCUUCCCCACUUUGAAAAUGCCACCCGGUCUUUACGUCCUCCCAUCAUUUUUAUAAAGUGAUCUACCGGAUGAAAGCCAAAGAAAGAAAUAAAGCCCCUGUGCAGUUUUAGAAAGGUCACUGCAGCCAAAUAUGGCUCAGGGCUCAGUCCUGCAAUCACAGCCAGAUUCUGCUUGGCUGUUACGUGAGUGCUCAGUUCGUGGGGAGUGUACAAAAGCCACCCCCGCCACUACUGCAGACAUACUUGCGGACCUUGUGCUCUCACACAAAUAAGUAGAUUGUGAGGAGAGUAGCUAGGACAUGAGCUGAGCCUUUGGGUUUGUGUUUGGUCUCUCAUCCAUGCUUCUCUGAAUUUCCAUGGGUUUGAUGACUGCAUCUGAGGUUUUGAUUCACCCCAUCUCUAAAGAUAACUUUAAAAAGUGGCAUUGUAGGUGAGCAAUGUGGACCAAGGAAACUAUACAAGUUCCCCACAUUGUUUCCUGCUUCACUCUGUAGAAAAAGACUACACAGGGGAUGGUCUGGCCCUUAAUCCCGGAAGCGUGAUUUGCUACUGCUUGUUUUACAGAUGAAAUUUGGAGGACUGACUAUACCAGUCAUGGGCAACGUUCCCUCUAAUUUUUGACAGGCCGUGUGCCCAAAAUUGUCUUCUGUGCAAAUUUUUGACAGGCUGUGUGCGAAUUGUUGUGCUUCUGUGCUAAUCGUUGUGUGUGCGGUUUCGCCGGGUGCACAGGGUUUAGGAUCUGUGUGUGUGCACGCACGCGCACAGCUUAGAGGGAACAGUGGUCAUGGGUAUUUUUGGUAGUUAAUUGUUCGUCUCUCAUCUGACAGGUGGCUCAACUCCACACCCAGGGCGGAGAUGCUGUUGACAUACAUGGGUAUUUGCAUUCUCCAGAAAAGCUAAAAGUGACACAACAGGAGCCCGAUAAUGAAAGCACCGAUGACAGCAACAGGAAUGAAGUUACUGUAAAUGGAGGCAACACCAGUGGUGGAAUGGUAAAGUGAAGGUGGUGACACUGGAAGUGGAAAUGGCAGCGCUAAAGGUGGAAUUAGUCAUGUGACUGGCAAUCCAAAUGCAAACAGCCAGAAGAGUGAACCCAGAGGUACCGAUGAGAAGUCUGGCAACAUCAGCAGUGAAGACAGUGAUGAAAUGCAUGAUUCUAAUGAACUCAUACAAGGGGAUGGCCCCACUGACAGCAAUGAAUCUGAUGGCUCUGUCAGUCCUGAGAAAGGAUGAUGAUUCAAACCCUGAUAGUGAGAACAAGUGCAGUGGCCAGCAAGAUGAUACCAGCGAGUCCAAGGAAUCAGGCGGCGAGGACCAUGAAAGCACAUUGUUCAGCGAUACCGAGGAUACAGACAGUGACAAUGACCGCAGCGAGAGGGACAGCGGCAGCAGCAGUGACGGUGACCCCAAAUCAGACAGUCGUGAUAGCGACAGCGAUGCCUGUAGUGACAACAAAUCAGAUGGCAGCCACUGUGAUCGCACGAGUGAUGAUGACGGCAAAUCAGACAGCACUGAUAGCACUAGUGACAGUGAAUCAGGUGGCAGUGAAGGUGACAGCAAGUCAGCGAGGAGUGAGCGUGCACCUAAUAGUAAUGACAGUAGUGGUGACAACAGUGGCAAUUCACCCCAUACAGAACUCCCAACGGACCGUGAAUCUGAGGAAAAUGACAGUGACGGUAGCGCAAAGGCAGAAGACAAAGACGGUAAGAGCGAAAGUGAAGGCAGUAAUAGCAAGGACUCAGCGAGUGAUGAUUAGAACUGGGGAAAUGAAAAUCCGUAGUGACACUGACACUAAUUUACAGCAAAUUCCAUUUGCUGUAAGUAGGAAGAGAAAAAGGACUUAAACAAAAACACCAGUAGUACCUAGACAUUAUCUGAACUGUAAUCAAAGAUACUAAGCAACAUUAGAGCAAGGCUAGAAGAAAAAUGUAUUCCCUCAGUGCUGUCCAAUUCCAGUCAAUAAAUGAAAAUAAAUACUGAAUGCAUAUGUCAAAGUAACAUUUUCGGUUGCUAUAAUUUUAUUAAAUUGUACAUCAUGUUCAAAUGAAAACUAGUGAGUGUUUGAAACUGUGGGAUGAUUUAGCAUCAGAAUGUAUCAGUAAGUUAUAAUACUUGAAGAUUUGUAAGUUGUCCCUCAAUCUAGGACAAACCACACAUUGUGGGUAACAUUAUUAUUCAACAUGUGUAUUGCUAAUAUAUAGAUCUCUCUCUCUCUCUCUCUCUCUUUCUCUCACACACUGUCUCUUACACACACCCCUUGCCAUGUGAUAUUCCUAUAUGCUGCUGGUAAACCCACGUUCUCCAUUUAAUGACAGUUGUAUGUAACUUUCCCUCUCUUUUAAUCCAAUCAUUUCAAAAUUGUAUUUUUAGAAGAUGAAAUAUGUAAUCUGUAAAAUAAAGAUUUUU